AUGACAUUUCUCAGAAACUUUUUUCUUUACAAGAGCCUGUUCGUGUUAACCAUCUGGAACCAUGUCAGCUUGUCUGUGGAAAAUGAAAUCUUUGCAGCUGUUUCUGAUGAUUUUCCAGAAGGUGAUUCUGACAAGAGUCUGCAAGUCCCAUAUACAAACAACCAUCAGUCCAAAGCUGAUUUUGACUGGGUUGUGAUAGAAAAUACUACAGAAAGCCUGUCAUUGUCAGAAAUCACAAAUGACAAUGUGAAAGAGCUAAUAGAUUUAGUAUCUCGUUUUGGCCAAGGCUCCAGGUUACAAAAUCUGACACUGACAAAUGUGUCGGUGGACUGGAGUGCUCUUGUUAAAAUUUUGCAGACUGUCUGGCACUCAUCUGUGGAGUACUUCAGUAUUGACAGGGUCACACAGCUGUCAGACAUCACAAGGUUACGCUUUGACUAUGCAGGUACCUCUUUGAAAGCCGUGACAGUGAAGAAAGUUUUAAUCACAGAUCUGUACUUCAUACAGGAUUACCUGUACAGAAUAUUUGCAGACAUGAAUGUUGCAGCCUUGACAAUAGCUGAAUCAGAGAUGAUACACAUGCUGUGUCCUUCGUAUCCCAGCCCCUUAAGAUACUUAAAUUUUUUUAAGAAUGAUUUAACAGAUCUUCUCUUUCAAAAAUGUAAAACACUAAUGCAACUGGAGACAUUAAUAUUGAAGAGGAACAAAUUUGAGAGCCUUCCCAAGGUAAGCUUCAUGACAAGCUACAUGAAGUCGCUGCAGUAUUUGGACAUGAGCAACAACUUGCUGAGUCACGAUGGAGCUGCAGUGCAGUGCCAGUGGGCCGAGUCUCUGACAGAGCUGGACCUGUCCUCAAACCAGCUGACUGAUGCCGUGUUUGAGUGCCUGCCGGACAACAUUGCCAAACUGGACCUCCAAAACAAUCAGAUCACCAAUGUGCCCACAGACAUGGCUGAGCUGCAGGCCUUGAAGGAGCUGAACCUGGCCUCUAACAGGCUGGCUGACCUGCCGGGCUGCGGUGGCUUUAGGUCCCUGGAGCUGCUGAACAUUGAGCUGAAUUCAAUCCUCACCCCAUCUGCCGACUUCUUCCAGAGCUGCCCGAGGGUGACGGAGCUGCAGGCCGGACACAACCCGUUCAAGUGCUCGUGUGAGCUGCAGGACUUCGUCCGUCUGGAGAGGCGCUCCGGGGGGAAGCUGGCCGGCUGGCCCGCGGCGUACGUGUGCGAGUACCCGGAGGGCUUGCGAGGCACGCAGCUGAAGGACUUCCACCUGACGGAGCUGGCUUGCAACACCGUGCUGCUGCUGGUGACAGCUCUGCUGCUGACGCUGGUGCUGGUGGCCGUGGUGGCCUUUCUGUGCCUCCACCUGGACGUGCCGUGGUACGUGCGGAUGACGUGGCAGUGGACGCAGACGAAGCGGAGAGCUCGGCACCAGCGGCCCGAAGAGCAGGAGACCGUCCUGCAGUUCCAUGCCUUCAUUUCCUACAGCGAGCGCGAUUCCUUGUGGGUGAAGAACGAGCUGAUCCCCAACCUGGAGAAGGGGGAGGGCUGCAUCCGCCUGUGCCAGCACGAGAGGAACUUCAUCCCCGGCAAGAGCAUUGUGGAAAACAUCGUUAACUGCAUUGAGAAGAGCUACAAGUCGAUCUUUGUCUUGUCCCCCAACUUUGUGCAGAGCGAGUGGUGUCACUAUGAGCUGUACUUUGCUCACCACAAGCUGUUCAGUGAGAACUCCAACAGCUUAAUCCUCAUUUUGCUGGAGCCCAUUGCUCCACACAUGAUCCCUGCCAGGUACCACAAGCUGAAGGCUCUCAUGGCCAAGCGAACCUACCUUGAAUGGCCAAAGGAGAGGGGCAAGCAUGCUCUUUUCUGGGCUAACUUGAGGGCAGCUAUUAGAAUUAACCUGCCAAUGGCUGAUGGAAGGAGGUGUGAGGAAAUAGAGUUUUUCUAA